AAAUGACGAUGAUGAAAAUGACGAUGACGACGAUUAUGAGCAACCUAGGAAGAGGCCUGUUACAAGAAGUAGCAAACUAAGGAUUGUUGAAAACUUGGAGUGAAGAUGGACGUCCUUAUCCUAUUCGGAUUAGGACUAAUGGACUAUGUGAAGACUGCCAGUAUCAGCUUGAAGCGGCGUCGUUUGAUUUAUAAGAAGACUGUUGCCGUCUGCGGUGUCGUUUUACUUGUGUGUCGUUUUAUUUAUGUGUCUCUUUGGUCUAUAAGAAGACUACUGCCUGCUACGGUGUCGUUUUAUUUAGUUCGGAUG